ACGAACAGAAAAUGAGAGUUACCGAAGGCAAAAUUCUAAUCAUUUUUUAGAAAAGAAGAAACCCAGAAAUGAAAAGCAAUAUCUUUAUUCAAUCCCUGUGACCCCAAAACAUGACAAAUACCUAAAGCUCUAAGCAAACUAUAAAUAAAGAUAGUGUUGCUAUUCUCUGGAAGUAAACUGUGCUUAAAAUGCGGGUCGAAAACACCCGCAGACGAGUAAUCAAUUUUCUUCAUAGAAACUGAUGUGGCAGUUAGAAAUCGCAAGUAUAAAAAGCUGUGGAAUUUAUUCAAGAAGUCCAAUUUGCCGAUUGUAUUAAAACAAAAUAUGCGGGAAAGAUUCUUUGUACUUUUUUUAGUAUUACUCGCGAUAGCUUAUUCAUCUAAAUCGAAUGGAGAAUCUUCCUUAGAGUCAAAAUAUCAGUGGACAUUUUACGUGGAACAAAACUUCCAUCGAAUGGUGGCAAUCGUAACCGUACCGCCCGAGAAAACUGUCAGGGACUGCUAUAUAUAUGGGGAUCGAAUGUUAAUAAAAAAUGUCUUGGAAAUAAUUCCUUCAUCAGAUGCAAUCAGUGUUGAUUCCAAUACCAUAAAUCAACUGACGGAAUACUGCACAUAUGCUAAAUGGAAUGGAACGCUACCUGGCCAAGGUGGGGCAGAGGCUUGGCAAAAAUUAGGAGUAUUCAGCAGUUACCUCAUUUACCCAGGUACGAAAUGGUGUGGGUCAGGUGAUAUUGCAGACAGUUACGAAGAUUUAGGUCCUGAAAUCGAAGCCGAUUUAUGUUGUAGAGAUCAUGAUCACUGUGAAGAUUCUAUUCCUGGUCGUGAGUCCAAAUAUGGUCUGCAAAAUAACUCACCUUUUACAAAAUCACACUGUGACUGUGACGACAAGUUUCAUCAGUGUCUAAAAGAAGCAAAUACUAAGGCUUCUAAUCGCAUCGGACGAAUCUUCUUCAAUUUUGUGCAAAUGGAGUGCUUUAGACUUGACCAUCCGAUCAUCAGAUGCUUGAAAUAUAGAGGAUGGUUUCGGCCUACUUGUCAAGAAUAUGAGUUUGAUUUAUUGGAAGAACCGUUAUGGCAAUUUUUUGAUCCUAAGCACUAUGAGCCAAAAUCAGAAGAAGAAAAUGAAAUUGAAGAUAUGCAUUCUAAAGAUGUUUUCGACUUUAUGUUACGUUUAUAUGAACAAGAAGAGCACAGGAACACUUUGAAUUAAAGACAUAUGAAAGCGCACUGCAAAGCUGCAAAAUAUUUAGAAAAUUUUAUUUGCAAAAAUUUAUGUGUGUAAAAUAUAUUCUUAAAUACUGUAUUACUAUAUUGGGUACCUUAGUGUAUACCUCAUGCGUCAUCAAUGUAUAUAUAAUUUAUUUAACAUUGUGCAUAAUACAUUAAAACUUUUCCA